AUGCACUAUUCUGGCUUCGUGAUCACCGAUUUGACCGUAACAAAAUGUUCAUCACUCAACCCUUUCUCGAGUUGCAAUCUCGACCCCGAAGUCUGGCACCGAGUCGAAAAAGACCUGUAUUUGCGCUCCGCCUGGACUUCAUCUGCCUAUAUCCAAUUCCAAAGAAAGAAGGAGGAGGAGCUGGGUCCAGACGAUAAGGUCGUCAUUGACUUGAAAAUUGGUCGCCUCACACCCCCAGCCGAGUAUUCGGGCAAGGGAGAGCCUGAAUUCUGGGAGCCUCGCCCUGGCGGAAUUUGGCUGAAACGAACCGCCUCUCGCCACGCCAGUGAUUCUGGACAGGCUGUAACAUAUGUCGAUGCGCUUUUCGGUGCUGAUGCCGUGGACCCUCGUCCUAACUGGGAAAUUAAAGAUACCCCCUUGCUUUUGGAUAGUUGGACCGAAAGGCUGGAGACUCGUUUGAGCAUUCGACGAGGGAAUCCGAUCAAGUCCAAGAAGCCCACACCCAGGAUAAACGAAAACGGCAAAUUCAAGGUUAUGCAGUUGGCGGAUAUUCAUUUGAGUACGGGUACGGGCGCCUGUCGAGACCCUAUCCCAGCAGAGCCUGUCCCUGGACAAAAGUGCGAGGCUGAUCCACGAACCUUGGAAUUCAUCGAGCGACUUCUCGAUGAGGAGAAGCCAGAUAUGGUGAUCUUCUCGGGUGAUCAGGUGAAUGGUGAAACUUCUCCAGAUGCCCAAACUGCUAUGUUCAAGUCUGUAAAACUUCUUGUUGAUCGCAAAAUUCCAUACGCUGCCAUCUUUGGAAAUCACGAUGACGAAGGUGACCUAAGUCGCGAACAAUUGAUGGCCAUCUACGAGGAUCUCCCUUACUCCCUUUCAGCAGCAGGCCCCGAAGAUAUUGAUGGGGUCGGCAAUUAUAUCGUCGAAAUUCUCGACCGUGGCAAGAGCACGCACUCUGCCCUCACUUUCUAUCUCCUCGACACACAUUCAUACUCCCCCGACGAACGCCAGUUCCGGGGAUACGACUGGAUUAAACCGAGUCAAACUCGUUGGUUCAAAAACACUGCUCAAGGAUUGAGAAGCAAACACAAAGAAUACUCACAUAUUCACAUGAACAUGGCUUUCAUUCAUAUUCCAUUACCUGAAUACCGGGUUGGCGGAAAGUAUUGGCAAGGGUCAUGGGACGAGGCUCCCACGGCGCCAGGUUUCAACUCCGGAUUCAAAGAUGCUCUUGAAGAAGAGGGUGUUUUGUUUGUCAGCUGUGGACAUGAUCAUGUCAACGAUUAUUGUAUGCUUGAGCACGAUGCAAACGAGCAGCCUUCGCUUUGGAUGUGCUACGGCGGCGGCGGCGGCUUUGGAGGAUACGGCGGAUAUAAUGACUACGUUCGUCGAGUUCGAUUCUUCGACUUUGAUAUGGGCCCUGGUCGCGUAACGACUUAUAAACGCCUCGAAUGGGGCCAAACCGAAGCUAAGAUAGAUGAGCUGAUGAUUGUCGACGGCGGUGCUGUGAAAGGCCCGAAUUCAAAAUCCUAA